AUGGUCUGCCCCGAUAACCCCGAUAAAUAUAUACCUAAUUGUCAAGUCCCGGCGGGACUCAGCUCCCUCCCCCGGCCAGAUUACUGCAAUUCCGUUAUUCUCCUGCUCCUGCCUUUCGUACUCGGUCAUCUCUCGGCGGUAGUCACACACUUGACCCUCGGUCAUCGGAACAGAAGAAAUAAGUUGAGGUUCUGGGAUAACAACCAUCUCAAAGAUUCACCGAACUUGGCCAUAUCAUGGAUGCCCUAUAACUCCUUGGCGACUGCUGUCAUGACGGUGGUGCAAUGCGUUGUUAUGGCCGUGGCUGUCAAGGCUUCCGGGCUGAAUAUCAGCGUCGGAACGCUAUUCAUAUUCUUCUUGACCAAGCCUCGUGUUGGGUGGUGGGUUAUCAUGCUUUCAGCUUGCUUCUACGAAGCCUUCAACGAUACCGCCACCGAUGUGCUCCUCCAAGAAUGCGUCCUGGGUGUCUUGGCACUUCCUGGCGCGAGUAUGUUCUUGGGAGUCAGUGGUUCUGGGGAGAUGCCCGGUGGUUGCGCUCCGUAUGACAGUUUUGAUACUUGGAGGGAGGGCACAAGUAUCGAUGCCAUUCUCUUGUUGUACAGCGGGUCACGCAGCCUUAUCGCUUGCGGUGCGAUCUUUUUGGUUGUUGGGAUCUUCAUGGUUUGGAGGCGUCGCUUUCUCAAGAGACAUCUCGGCCUAGUUGCCAUGAUCCCUUGCCUGGGCGCAUCCGUGUCUGCUUGGAUCCUCUGGACUGGUAAGCCUACCAACGAUGCUCUGGUGAUUCAUAACUAA